AUGUAUCGCCAAAUCACGGUGAAAGGGAAGCAUCAAGCUUUACAACAGAUUUUGUGGCGUGAUUCUCCCAAAGAAAAAAUCCAAUGUUUUCAAUUAAAUAGGGUCACUUAUGGUACCGCAUCAGCGAGCUAUUUGGCAACACGAUGUCUGUUGCAAUUAGCGCAAGACGAAGGAACUAAUUUCCCUUUAGCUGCGCGAGCCAUUGAGAACAAUUGUUAUGUUGAUGAUGUAAUGAUUGGGACCUCAAAUGUAGAAACUGCUCUUCGCUUACAAACAGAGUUGAUUCAGCUAUUAGGAAAAGGAAACUUUGAGUUACACAAAUGGUACUCUAAUGACAGUCGUGUGUUAAAUAAUAUUGAUAAGAAUAAACGGGAAAAAUGUUCCUUUCAGUUUUCCGAUGGAGAUUCGAUCAUUAAAACGUUGGGUUUAAUCUGGAAUCCCCAUACGGACGUAUUUCAGAUUUCAGUACCCAAUGAAAUAAUGAACUCCAAAAAUACUAAAAGAGAAAUUUUAAGUUGUAUAGCAAAAUUGUUUGACCCUCUUGGGCUAAUAGCUCCUGUUUGCGUGUCCGCUAAAAUUGACAUGCAGAAAAUAUGGCGUGAAAAAUUAAAUUGGGACGAUAGUGUCCCUGAUGAAAUAUUAGAAAUGUGGAUUUCUUUAAAGGGAAGUUUUGAAACAUUGAAAGAUUUGUUUAUUCCACGAUUAAUUUCAACUGCAAACUCCAUUAGGUAUCAGCUACAUGGAUUCGCUGAUAGUUCGCUAAUGGCAUACGGUUGUGCAAUUUAUUUGGUAUCAUUUGACAGUCAUAAUAAGGGAGCAGCAAGACUAGUUUGCUCCAAGUCGCGUGUAGCACCGAUAAAACCGGUUACACUUCCUCGCUAG